AUGGCAGACGAGGAUCAACCCCAGACACUCAAAUCCGUCUUCACGUCGGCCGAGAGAAAGCGCCUCACCCUCGAAAACUCCUACGAGGCCUCCUCCCCGACCUACCUCGAUGACCUCCAAACCGCCAUCGCAGAGUACGAGACAUGCCUCGACCUAGUCUCUCGCGCCGCCCUCUUCUCCUCCAACGAGUCCCUUGAGGACCUCUCCACCUCCUCGCUCCCCUACCUCCUCAUCACAUACCACCUCGCCGAGCUGCACCAGAAGCUCCCCUCCCGCCGGCCCAUCGAGCGCCGCGUCGCCCUCGAGCGCGCCCGCGAGUCCUACGAGACCUUUCUCGGCGCCCUCGACUCCUACGACCUCCUGACCGACACGAACAAGAUGCUCUAUGAGCGCUACACCGACGAGCCCCUCGCCUUCUCCACCCUUGGCACCAACGACCCCGCCAAGCGCCGCGACGCCAAAAUCGCAAACUUCAAGUCGGAAAAGGCCCUCAAGGACCGCCUCGAGGCCCUGCGCCGGAACCCGCGCUACCAGAACGAGGACGGCGAUGACGAGGUCGCCCGCGACCUGCACCUCGCGCACGUCGCAUACUCGGCGCACAUGGCGUUCCAGGGGCUCGAGGGUAUCAACCGUGAGCUCGAGGUCCUGGCCCAGGCCACGGUGCCGCUGAUGCCCUCGCCGACGUCCGUCGAGGAGGACGAGCGCCGCCGCACCGAAGACCGCGGCGCUGCGGGAUACACCGAGCGUCUCGAGCCCCCGCGCCGGCUGCAGAGCAUGUUUGGGCAAGGGGGCCCCAUACUGUCUACGGAGGGCAAGCCGCUGCAGCCAUUCACGCUCGUCGGGAACAGACAGCAGAUGACUAAAGAUGUCUUCCGCCCCGGCCACAAUCUGCCUACGAUGAGCAUCGACGAGUACCUUGACGAAGAGGCGCGCCGGGGCGGCAUCAUCGAGGGAGGCGGCGACGCGAGCUGGCACCGCCCGGAGCCUAACGAAGAUGAUUUUGACAAGGCGGACGAGGAGACGAUGAAGGCGAGAGCGUGGGACGAGUUUGUCGAGGCGAAUCCAAAGGGCUCAGGAAACACGCUAAACAGGGGCUGA